AUGGGCCUCCAAGGCUCCUACCUCCGCUUCUGCCUCUGGAUGUUCUUGGGCACCACGUUGGCACUGGGGCAGGGACAAGUAAGUAGCCGUCUGAGGCUGGCAAUACUGCCUGAGGACCAGCUGCAGAUGAAGUGGAGGGAGACAGAGGGAAGUGGCCUUGGCUACUUGGUGCAGGUGGCACCUAUGGCAGGGGACUUGGAGCAGGAGCUGAUACUGACCACCAAGACCCCCAAGGCCACCGUGGGUGGCCUGAGCCCUUCCAAGAGCUACACUGUGCAGAUCUUCGAGCUCACUGACUCUGGGCCUGUCUUGCUGGCACGAAGGGAGUUUGUGAUUGAGGAUCUGAAGAGCCAAUCUUUGGGCAGAGGCAGCCAGAGGCUGGCAGGAGCCACCCUGGAGCCCACCUCCUUCCCUCUGAGAGGCCCAGACUCUGAGAAAACAUCUGAGUCCAGCAUUGCCUUCACCUCAAGCAGGAACCUGCCCAUUCUUGAUGACCCCCAGUUCCAAUGCACACCCCCAACACCUGCUGAUAUAAUCUUCCUGGUGGACGGGUCCUGGAGCAUCGGCCAUAACCACUUCCAGCAGGUGAAGGACUUUCUGGCCAGCAUCAUCACACACUUUGUAAUAGGACCAGAUAAAGUCCAAGUAGGUCUGACUCAGUACAGUGGAGACCCCCAGACUGAGUGGGACCUGAACUCCUUCCACACCAAGGAACGAGUGUUAGCAGCAGUGCAUGACCUCUGCUACAAGGGAGGAAACACAUUCACAGGCCUCGCCCUAACCCAUGUGCUGGAGCAGAACCUGAAACCAGCAGCAGGUGUCCGCCCAGAGGCAGCCAAAGUGUUGAUUCUGGUGACAGAUGGCAAGUCUCAGGAUGAUGUGCGCACAGCUGCCGGAAUCCUUAAGGAUCAGGACAUUGAUGUCUUUGUUGUGGGUGUGAAGAAUGUCGAUGAGGCUGAGCUGAAGCUCCUGGCGUCCCAGCCAUUGGACAUCACUGUCCACAAUGUGCUGGACUUCCCUCAGCUGGCCACCUUAGCUCCUCUGCUCAGCCGUCUCAUUUGCCAAAAAAUUCAGGGCAGAGGCCCAGUCAAACCAGCAGCAGGUACUCAGGUCCUGGACCCCCUCCCCACGCCCACCAAACUGAUCCUGACUCACGCCACCUCAUCCAGUAUCCACCUGUCUUGGACUCCAGCCUUAUACCAACCCCUCAAGUAUCUAAUUGUAUGGCAGCCUUCUAGGGGUGGUGCCCCCAAGGAGGUGGUGGUGGAGGGGCCUGUCUCAUCCAUGGAUCUUGGAAACCUGACCUCCAACACAGAAUACUUGAUCUCUGUGCUCCCUGUCUAUGAGAGUGGGGUUGGCAAGAGCCUGCAAGGCCGGGCAACCACAGCACCCCUGCCUCCACCUGGGCCACCGACCCUAGCUGCAGUGACACCCAGAACUCUCCACAUCACCUGGCCGCCCUCUGCUGGGGCCACUCAAUACUUGGUGCAGUACUUGCUGGCUGCCUCCACUGGGGAGGAGCAAAAGAAAGAGGUACAUGUGGGACAGCCUGAGGUACUGCUGGAUGGUCUGGAGCCUGGCCAGGACUAUGAGGUCUCAGUGCAGAGCCUUCGGGGACCAGAGGCCAGUGAGGCCCAGAGCAUCCGUGCCAGGACCUCUGUCCUGGAGCCCCCAAGACAUCUGAGUUUCUCAGAUGUGCGCUACAACUCGACCUGUGUGUCCUGGGAAGCCCAGAGGCCCUUGCGCCUGGUCAAGGUCAGCUACAUCUCUAGCGAUGGCAGCCACUCUGGGCAGACUCAGGUUCCUGGGAAUGUUACCUCAGCCAUUCUGGGUCCACUUUCUUCCUCUACCACAUACACCAUCCGAGUCACCUGUUUUCACCUCGGGGGAGGAUCCUCUGUGCUGACUGGCCAUGUGACCACAAAGAGAGCUCCUAGCCCUAGCCAGCUGUCUGUGACGGAGCUCCCGGGAGGUGCAGUACAGCUGUCAUGGUUGGCCACUGCCUUGUCUGGUGUACUUGUUUAUCAGAUCAAGUGGAUGCCCUUGGGAGAGGGGAAGGCCCAUGAGAUCUCUGUCCCAGGGACCCUUGGCACAGCCGUCUUGCCUGGCCUGAUGAAGCAUGUGGAAUAUGAGAUCACCAUUCUUGCCUACUUCAGGGAUGGCACUCGAAGCGACCCUGUGUCCCUCCGCUACACCCCCUCUGCAGCAAGCAGGAGCCCCCCAUCCAGUCUGGCCUUGUCCUCGGAGACCCCCAACAGCCUGCAAGUCAGCUGGACGCCACCAAGUGGCCAUGUCCUUCAUUACCGGCUCAACUACGCACUGGCCUCAGGCUCUGGACCAGAGAAAUCGAUCUCUGUGCCAGGCACCAGGAGCCAUGUUGUACUUCGUGACCUGAUGUCUGCCACCAAGUACAGGGUCCUGGUCUCAGCUGUCUAUGGAGCAGGGGAGAGCAUGGCAGUGUCUGGCACAUACCGCACAGCAGCCUGCCCAGCCCUGCACCCGGACAGUUCCCUCUCAGGGUUUGACCUGAUGGUGGCCUUUGGCCUCGUGGCAAAGGAGUAUGCCUCUAUUCGAGGGGUGGCUAUGGAGCCCUCAGCCUUGGGUGUGGUCCCAACCUUCACUCUCUUCAAGGAUGCUCAGCUGAUGCGUCGGGUCAGUGACAUCUACCCAGCAACCCUGCCACCAGAACACACCAUUGUCUUCCUUGUGCGUCUACUCCCUGAGACACCCCGGGAAGCCUUUGGACUGUGGCAGAUGAUGGCUGAAGACUUCCAGCCCAUACUCGGGGUCCUGCUGGAUGCUGGCAGAAAGUCUCUGACUUACUUCAACCAUGAUUCCAGGGCAGCCUUGCAGGAGGUCACUUUUGACCUGCAGGAAGUAAAGAAGAUCUUCUUCGGAAGCUUCCACAAGGUACAUAUUGCCGUAGGCCACUCUAAGGUCAGACUUUAUGUGGACUGUCGGAAGGUGACUGAGCGGCCCAUUGGGGAUGCUGGCAGCCCACCCACAGCUGGUUUCAUCACACUAGGGAGGCUAGCCAAGGCCAGGGGGCCACGAAGCAGCUCAGCCACAUUCCAGCUCCAGAUGUUGCAAAUUGUGUGCAGUGAUACCUGGGCAGACAAGGACAGGUGUUGUGAGCUUCCUGCAUUGAGGGAUGGAGAGACGUGCCCAGCCUUCCCUUCAGCCUGUGCCUACUCAUCUGAGACCCCUGGGCCACCAGGGCCCCAAGGUCCUCCAGGCCUUCCUGGAAGAAACGGCACUCCAGGACAACAGGGACACCCAGGGCCCAAGGGAGAGCCGGGCCCACCUGGACAAACAGGACCCGAAGGCCCUGGAGGUCAGCAGGGGUCACCAGGGACUCAGGGCCGUGCAGUCCAAGGACCCAUGGGGCCACCAGGAGCCAAAGGAGAGAAGGGGGACCACGGACUCCCAGGCUUGCAGGGCCUCUCUGGCCAGCAAGGCAUGCCUGGGAAAACUGGCCCUCAGGGACCAAAGGGAAUAAGAGGACUGGAGGGACCUGCCGGCUUGCCUGGACCACCUGGCCCCAGGGGUUUCCAGGGUUUGGCAGGGGCCAGGGGCACCAAUGGGGAACGAGGACCCCCGGGAGCUGUGGGUCCCACAGGUCUACCAGGGCCCAAAGGCGAACGAGGAGAGAAGGGAGAGCCACAGUCCCUUGCCACCAUCUUCCAGCUGGUGAGCCAGGCCUGCGAGUCUGCCAUACGGAUGCAUGUGCUGAAGCUGAAUUCCUUCCUCCAUGAGAAUGCCCGUCCCCCAAUGCCCUUCAUGGCAGAGACAGCCAGGCUAGGCAGACCCAGAUCUAUAGAUCCUGGAUUACACAACGAGGCCCUACUUCCUGGAGACUGGGGACAUAUCCUCCACCCUGAGGACCAAGGUGAGCCUGUGGCUAUCAGCCAUACAAGCAACCCUGGACUCCAGGAGGUGCAGACUCCAGAACCCCUGGAGUGAACAGGACUUUCCCUCUGUCACUUCAGAUCGCCCUGUCCUUCCCCAGCACCACCUUCCAUAAUUUUGUGUCAACACUAAGAACAACUGUGUGCUGGAGGGCAGAGGAGGAAACCCAGAGGAAGACCCUGAGGUGGCAGGAGUUGGAAGGGAGGAGGGUGGCACUCCUCCUCAAGCCCCUUCUUUGUAGCACAUCUAGGUUCAGAUAAACUUCUUGCU